CUUCGGCUCGGACACCUCCUCGCGCGACAGUGACAACGACAUGGCGGAUAGGUCAGAGUGUUUUUAUUGCCACAAAUCUGACUUUACGAAAAACCUCAAGCGCUGCUCGCGCUGUCGCGGUGCGCUCUAUUGUGGCCCGGAAUGUCAAUCAAAGGAUUGGCAGAGCCAUCGAGAGCUCUGUAGCGACUCAGAUAGGUGGUACGACAAGUACCGCGGAUGCCGCGAUGGUUCCAUGCACGAAGGCAGAAUGGAGCUCAUGACCUGGGAAUGGUACGACCACGACAUAGACCACCGCAAGGGCUGGGGCAACUCGUUCAUCGAAGACGCCGAGGACGUGAAGCGUACGUUCGAGGUCGACUGCAAGGGCAAGAAGUCCCUCUUCUACAAGAGGAAGCCCAACGCCUUCCGCUGGACGUGCUGCGGAACGCACGCGCGCAUGAACUACGGGUGCGACCACCACGGGAGCGGGAGUAAGCCGUGCACCUGCGAUUUCUGCCAUAUGGGCAAGCCGCUUCCUGACAGUAUUUACUACAAGGAAAGCGGUGAGCGCAUGGGCCUCAAGCUACAGCGUGGUCCCGACCCUCGCUCCUUCAAUCCUGGACUGGCUGCGAUGGCUGCGACAGGCCGCACAAUGUUUGGGCUUGAGAUGUGACGGGACCAGGCCGGGCUCGAGGAUCGCUACAUCUGCGAAGGUGCAUCAUCACAAAGCUUGCAUCUCCUUGACUCAUUGGAUGAGUCGUGACAUCAGGGGACCGGAACUUGUCCGCGGUGGCUUUGGUUAUACGAU